UAAGAUGUGAAAAGUCAUUGUGUAAUUGGGAUAUAUAUGAAAGGUCGGUCGAACACAAGUGCGUUAUCUUGCUAUGAAAAGAUAUGACAAAUAGUACUGAAAGUUAUCCGUAUCAUAUUCACAAUGAUAAUUGGUACAUAUACACAUGAGAUUACGGUAGAUCUUUGCGUGUGUAAGACAUAUUGCAGUACCCGUUGUUUUCAGUAAUAAAAAAGAUUUAAAUAUAGUUUCCAAUUUCAAACGUUUAUUGUGUUAAUCGUGUAAUAUAGCGUUGUACUAGUGCUGUGCUUUCCUGUAUUUUGUGUGUGUUAACAAUGGGCGGGACACAGUCAUUCCCGAUUGUUCCUAUUCCUAAAGACAGGACGUUCGUGGUGACAGGGGCCAAUAGAGGUAUCGGAUACGAGGUGGCCAAGUGGAUCGCCAUGAUGGGAGGCACAGUCGUAAUGGCGUGCCGGAACGAGGACGACACCAUGAAGGCUAUGCGCCAAAUGGAAAAGGAAUACAAAGAAGAAAAGGAAAGGGGAACAAUUCAAGGACUGGUGGAUGUUCCAGAGUUAUCGCUUGUCUAUAUGCAUUUGGACUUGGGAUCCUUUCAUUCCACAAAACAGUUCGUUGAGGAUUAUAAGACCUCGGGUCGUCCAUUGCACGUGCUCAUAUGCAACGCGGGCAUUGUGAAACCACGUCCAGAAAAGACAGACGAUGGGUUCGAAUCCAUGCUCCAGGUAAAUUAUCUGAGUCAUUUCUUACUUAUCGGCAUGCUUCUGCCGAUGAUGAAGGGCAACGCGGUAACUGACGACACUCGAAUUGUGCUCGUAUCCAGCGACGCCCACAGAAUGUGUGGAUUUAAUCUGGCAGCUAUAAACUAUGACGACGAUCCUAAGAAGUUCAGCGGCUUUGACUACUACGGUAGAUCUAAACUGUAUCAAAUAAUGCAGAUGUACUCUUUGCAACGAAGGCUCAAAAACUCUCACGUGACUAUCACUUCUGCUCAUCCGGGAACCGUAGAAACAGAAAUUGGUCGCGACUUCAAGGACGUUAAGCUCUACCAGUUCUUCCUGACCAUGACGCGUUUCUUUGGCGCAAUGCGGGACCCACUGGACGGGGCUCGAACCAUCAUUGACCUUGCCGUAAACCCUGUGUACCAAGGCGUCGGUGGUCACUACUACAAAGACUGCAGUGUAGCCUCCGUCACAUCCACGGCCAGCGACGUACAGAAACAAGAAGCCUUGUGGAAUGUGACAUUAGAACUAUUGAAGGGACAUUUGAGCGAGGAGGAGAUUUUCUGUUUGGAAGGGGCGGACCCCUGAUUGGUUUAUCACGUGAUCGAUGCUAUGGUGCAAUAUAUUGCUUUGUACUUCUUCGUGCAUAUUUUAUUGCUACAAUUGUAUAUUCACGUUCUAUCGUUUAUUCAUAUUGAACAAUUCGGAUUUCGAGUUGCGUUUGAUGUAUUGAAGAGACAGGAUGAAAUACUUCUGUUGAACGAAAUAACGUCAGUUAAAAUAAUGUGUUCUGUGUUAUUUAUGUGUAAAUGGCAAAAUACCGGUGUCAUAUGUUAGGGAAAAUGAAUUAUAUAGAAAUUGUGCGAAGAUAUAUACUAAUCGUGUGUAUCAAAUAUUCCUUAAUUAACUACCGAUUCAGUUAAGAACGUGAACUGGGGUCGUAUUCCAGAAGCAUCUUAAGUUAAAUUUUAUUCUUAUCCUUAAAUUGGGAUAUUUUCUUAAGUGUUUCAUUUCAUAUUGCAAUAGAUUGGCAUCAAGAUAUACAUUUAAAUAGCAUCAUUAUGCCAAUGUUAUCUUAGGAAUACCAACAAAAACAUGUGUUUCCUUAUUUAGUAAAGAAAUACAAAACAUUGUAAUUUUUAACUUAAGUGAAAUUAUUUAAGAAAUGACAUAAGAUGUUUCUGGAAUACCACCCCUGGUCGCGCUCUGUGAAAGCGGGGCAUUAGCAUGUGCGUAAAUUGUCGUACAACAUAAGCCUGUGCAGUCAAGCUUUUACACAAUGGCACGAUUUUCGUCUAGGAGAGACUUCCUUCAAACGAGAAACUCCAUACAAGCGUAAAGUGUCGUCCCUGACUGGUCUACUCGGACUGCACAGGCUAAUCUGGGAAGACACCUUACACAUAUGCAUAAAGCCUCGUUAUAUCAGAGCGCGAAUAAAAUGUGUUUGAUUUUUGAAGUACCAGACCUACACGAUUUGUUUCACAUGUGUUUUGUUUCAGUAAGAUUUCUUCUCACUUUUGCGCUAAUAUUCAGUAGUAUGUGUAUUGUAUUGAGUUUAUUUCGCUCAGAUCGUAAUAUUGUGUUCUUUUUAAAUAGACCGUAGGUAAAUGGAAUAACAUAGAAUUUGCUAGUUUUUUUUUGAAAAUAACACUAAUCCUUUGAAGGGGGUGUUAACCAUGUUUACCAAUUGGAUUUCCGUUUCAAAAUCACAUUUAAACUAUAAUACUUCGAAUGAAACUACCGUUGGUACAUAAAAAGGAUCAAAAUUGUUUGUACCUAUGGAUAGCGGUAUUGUCUCCAAAAUCUUGCCAAUCGGUUUAUUGAUGGUUGCUGUACAUGUAACAAAAUGUGCAUGAUGUGCAAGAUAAAUUACACCUGUCAUGCGUCUAUGUCAUGAAACAUAGACGCCUUCUAAACAAUGUACGGUAAUGAAUAAAUGCGUUUGAAUUACGAAAAA